AUGGCAGGGCCUUCAUACCGACUGCGGCUGCUCCCUCGUGGCUUCCUCCUCCCAACCCCAAACACACGCAGUGCUGCGGGAGGGUCCUGGGCCUGGCCCGUGUCCCGUGGUCCAGCUGGUGUCUCCCGGGCCUGGCAGAAGUCCCCAGUGACUUACCCCCUUACUCCUCUUCCUUCUGUGUCUCCCAGUUUACCGUGCGGCUCUGGGUGUGAACUAGUGGCCUGCCUGGCCUGGUGGAUGGGGGGCGGAGCAGCGGCCAGCUUCCGCCUGGCCAUGCUCUGGCUGCUUCUCUUCACUUCCUGCAGUUAUGUGUGCUGGUUCCAGCCUGCAUACAAGGCCUUCUGACCAACAGCUCCUUUUAACUUCACGACAUUCGUCUUUGGAGCCCAGUUUGUGCUGGCCGUCAUCCAGGCCAUCGGCUUCUUGGCCCGGGGCGCACGUGGCUGGCUGGCAGCUCUUGGAUUCUUUGGGGUCACUGUUGGGGCUGCUAUGGUCAUGCUGAUCCCAGACAUCAAGUUUUCUUUGUCCGCUGUCAUGAUGGCCAUCACUGUUGUUGAGUCCUCUGGUCUCACACGUGGUGCUGGUGGAAGCUUACAGAGGGCACAGAGGCACGCUGGUACCCGGAGGAACCCACCAUCACGGGAGGCCCCGUUUAACGACUUCUCUGGCAACAGCCUGCCUGAGCACCCCACUCAUUCCAGCUACUCGGCCAGUGGAGGCCAUUGGCCUCAGGCGGCUGGCCAGCCCCGGCACUGUCUCCUGCCAUCACCCUUGGUCCUGAGGCCCGAGCAUCUCCCUGGGGUCCCAGAAUGGCCUUGGCCCGUAUUCAUCUCUUGCCCGAGCCCCCAGCAAGCAACUGCCCAGCAGCCAUUGGCCACUGCCAUCCCAUCAGAGCCUGGCUGUGUAUGCCCCGCUCCCACCUGUUAAGAGGCUAGGAAACCCCCGCCUCUGCUCCACCACCCAGCCCACCCCUGUGCUGCUUUGGGCACAGGAUCCUGUGGCUUCCUUGUUCCAUCCCUUGUGACAGUGACUGUCCCCUCUACUGUCCUCCUGAAGGCCCUGAUCCACUUGGUUGAGGCUGCACUGGGCCCCAGGAGCCCCCUCCCUCUCUCUGGGCUGCCCUGCUGUGUGGCAGGCCUUACCCGCCAGCCACAGGAGAGUGAGGACCACAGGCCCUGGUCUGCUGGGAGCAGAGCUCGGGAGAGAGCUGUGCCUUACAGAGAACUCUAUCUUCCUCCCCCCACCCACCCUUCCUGCCCUCCUGGGACAGCUGUGGCUGGGCAGGAAAGCCAAACUGAGUCUUGGAAUGUCCGUAGUGCCCCUAAUGACAUUGGACUCAGUAUUCUUCCUGUGAGCACCAACCAAGUCCCUGUACUCCCCAGGCCUCCCACAGGACCAUGCCCCUUCUAUGCCGGUGUCCUGCCAGACUGCCCAGGUGCCUGGCCUCUGUGCUCCACCCCAGGGUGUCCGUACGGGCCCAGGAUGGACUGUUGCUGGCAGGCACAGAGGAAGUGGCCCUGCACCUUGAGGCCCUACCUCAGAGUGGCACUGGGAUGUAACCAAGUGCCUGCCAUAGGGGACAGGUCCUCAAGCCCCCUGCAGCUCUUGCUCGUCCACCCACGGGCAUGUGGGCCCACGUGCCACCGCUGAUUGUGUUAUGUGAGAACAGUCCGGAAUAAACUCAGUUUCCGCAGCA